AUUUCAUCUUCACUGUUAACCAUUAUUUUUUCAUUUUGUGUGCGUUUUCUGGUAUUGGCAAUACAGGAAAUAAAUGUAUCUUGGUUCUAGCCCUAUCAAAGUAAGGUGCCUAAGGUUAACUUAGUAACUCUGAAGCCUAGCUAAGCAAACCAAAGAACACCAAAAGAACAAUGUUUAAAGGAGAAGAAACAAACAUCACACAGGAAUCUGCAAAUGCCUUCAAACACUGUGCUUCUGGAGAGUGCUGGCACAAGAGAGGGAUGGGUCAGUGCUACACAGGCUCAGCUUCUGAGGUGUGUUCCACAAUUUGUGUCUUAACAAGGACAUGGGUAGCAAACAUACAGAUGUCUCUUUCUAAACAGCCUUAGCAGGAAAAGAUGCUGUACAUCUUACUGUUACAUCAGGCAUGCUGCUUAGUCAAAAAUGUAAGAAAACACUUAAAUGAGCAUUUGCAAAACUGCUGUAUAGAGCUCAGAGGAGAAAAAAAAAAAAAAAAAACACAAAAAAACGCAUUGUCUUGGCAGAGACAAAGCAGAAAGCUGUCUUGGAAAACAACGCCUCAAGUUCUGCGGCCCUCAACUUCUCCCUUCGGCACGCACGGUAGUUCAGGCCGCUGUAACCAAGGCCUGGCUCUGGCACCCGAGCCCUCCCGGCCCGAAUUCAUCAGGGCUGGGCCUUGGCAGAAGUCCGAAGGCGGUCAUGACCGCCCCGGCUCAGGUAGGCAGCACAGCACCAGGAGUAGCGAAGGGCCGCGCCGGGGCGGGGAGAGGAUGGAUCCGGCCCCGGUAGGGGCGGCCCCGGGGCCCGCGGCCCCAAUGGGCGGGCGGGGAGCGGCGGCGGCGGCGCACGUAGCUCUCCCAAGAUGGCGGCCCGUCCGGACCGAGGUGCCAGGGCGGCUGCGGGGCUGGGGGCGGUGGGCAGCCGCUGAGGGAGGCGGCCGGGGACCGGCGGAGCUCGCCUCGCCUCCCCUCCCAGCCGAGUAGGGGGAGCUUUCCGCGCGGCCGCCGGGCUUCACCAUGCUGCGGGGUUAGAGCCGCGGAGACGCCGCAGCGGGGUAAUAAUGUUAGCAGAGACCAGUCUUUCCAUAUGGGGAUGGGGAAGUCUUGGUGUUGUGCUUUUUCUAAUAACAUUUGGACCCUUCGCUAUAUUUUACUUUGCAUUUUAUAUCCUCUGCUUUGUGGGUGGGGGUUUUGUGGUUACUCUUUUAUUUGGAAAAAGUAACUCAGAAAAGUACCUUGAGCAGUGUGAACAUUCAUUUCUUCCUUGUACAUCAGUUGGUAUCCCUAAGUGCAUAGAAGAAAUGAAACGUGAAGCCAGACCUAUUAAGAUUGACAGAAGACUAACAGGUGCAAAUAUAAUUGAUGAGCCUUUGCAACAGGUGAUCCAGUUUUCCCUGAGAGACUAUGUGCAGUACUGGUAUUACACACUAAGUGAUGAUGAAUCAUUUCUCCUGGAAAUCAGGCAAGCUCUUCAGUAUGCACUUGUUCAGUUUUCUGCCAGGUCAAAGGAAACAGACUGGCAGCCUUACUUCACUACACGACUUGUUGAUGACUUCGGCACUCAUCUUCGAGUUUUCAGAAAAGCUCAGCAAAGAAUAGCAGAGAAAGGUGAUCAGAUGAAAGACCAAGCUGAGGAACUUGUAGAUACAUUCUUUGAGGUUGAAGUUGAAAUGGAAAAAGAAGUCUGUCGUGACCUAGUCUGCACUUCUCCCAAAGAUGAAGAAGGAUUCCUAAGGGAUCUGUGUGAGGUCUUACUGUAUAUAUUGCUACCUCCUGGAGACUUCCAGAACAAGAUCAUGCGAUACUUUGUCAGGGAAAUCCUCUCCCGAGGAAUUCUUCUUCCAUUAAUAAACCAGCUCAGUGAUCCUGAUUAUAUUAAUCAGUAUGUCAUAUGGAUGAUUCGUGAUUCCAACUGUAACUAUGAGGCCUUUAUGAAUAUUAUUAAAUUAAGUGAUAAUAUAGGAGAGUUGGAAGCAGUCAAAGAUAAAGCAAGCGAAGAACUGCAAUAUCUUCGAUCUCUAGAUACAGCGGGAGAUGAUAUCAACACUAUAAAAAAUCAAAUAAACAGUUUAUUAUAUGUUAUUAAAGUAUGUGAUUCAAGAAUUCAGAGGUUGCAGUCAGGAAAAGAAAUAGAUACUGUGAAACUGGCAGCAAACUUUGGAAAACUUUGCACAGUCCCUCUGGACCAUAUCCUGGUAGACAAUGUUGCACUACAGUUUUUUAUGGAUUACAUGCAGCAGACUGGUGGCCAAGCACAUCUGUUUUUCUGGAUGACAGUGGAAGGAUACAGGGUUACAGCACAGCAACAGCUGGAGGUACUUCAAAGCCGGCAAAGAGAUGGAAAACAUCAGACUAAUCAGACCAAGGGUCUAUUAAGAGCAGCUGCAGUUGGAGUUUAUGAGCAAUAUUUAUCAGAAAAGGCAUCUCCAAGAGUUAAUAUUGAUGACAGCUUGGUAGCAAAACUGGCAGAAACAUUGAACCAUGAGGAUCCAACACCUGAAAUCUUUGAUGACAUUCAAAGAAAGGUGUAUGAAUUGAUGCUGCGAGAUGAAAGGUUCUACCCUUCGUUCAAACAGAACGUAUUGUAUGUCCGAAUGUUAGCUGAGCUAGAUAUGCUGAAGGAUCCCAGUUUCCGAGGAUCAGAUGAUGGUGAAGGAGAAUCUUUUAAUGGGUCUCCUACUAGUAGCAUAAAUCUGUCCUUAGAUGACCUUUCAAAUGUCCCUUCUGAUGAGACAGUUCAACUCCAUGCAUAUAUCUCGGAUACUGUAUAUGCUGACUAUGACCCAUAUGCUGUGGCAGGAGUGUGUAAUGACCAUGGCAAGACGUACGCACUGUAUGCUAUCACAGUCCAUCGGAGAAAUGCAAACAGUGAGGAAACAUGGAAGACAUAUCGGCGCUACAGUGACUUCCAUGACUUUCACAUGAGGAUCACUGAGCAGUUUGAAAAUCUGGCAAAUAUACUGAAACUUCCUGGCAAAAAGACAUUUAACAAUAUGGACAGGGAAUUCUUGGAGAAGAGGAAAAAAGAUUUAAAUGCAUAUUUGCAGCUCCUGUUAAAUCCUGAAAUGAUGAAAGCUUCUCCAGCUCUAGCCCAUUAUGUGUACGACUUCUUGGAAAAUAAGGCCUACAGCAAGGGGAAAGGGGAUUUUGCACGGAAGAUGGACACAUUUGUAAAUCCACUGCGUAACUCUAUGAGAAAUGUAUCAAAUGCAGUCAAGUCUCUUCCUGACAGCCUGGCAGAGGGAAUGACUAAAAUGUCAGACAACAUGGGUAAAAUGUCAGAGAGACUGGGACAAGACAUAAAGCAAUCAUUUUUCAAGGUGCCUCCUUUGAUCCAGAAAACUUAUUCAGAUCCUGACCAUUGCCGUGUUGCAGCAACACUUGAUGACAGUGUGGAUGACAAUAUUCCACUUCGAGUAAUGCUCCUCCUAAUGGAUGAAGUCUUUGAUUUAAAGGAAAGAAAUCAAUGGUUAAGAAGAAAUAUAAAGAAUCUGCUUCAACAACUUAUUAGAGCAACAUAUGGUGACACAAUUAAUAGGAAAAUAGUUGAUCAUGUUGACUGGAUGACAUCUCCUGAACAAGUAGCAGAUGCUGUGAAACGCUUCAGAGAUGCCUUUUGGCCCAAUGGCAUUUUAGCAGAGACCGUUCCACGGAGAGACAAAGCUAUUAGAAUGAGGACAAGAGUAGCAGGGAAGACCAAAUUGCUAGAGAUAAUGCCAGAUGAAUUGAAGCACAUCAUAGGUGCUGAGACAACACGAAAAGGUAUUCUUCGGGUCUUUGAGAUGUUCCAGCAUACUCAACUGAAUAAGAGAAUGGUAUAUGUCUUUCUGGAGAGAUUUCUAGAAACCUUAUUUCCACAGAAUAAGUUCCAUGAGCUCUUCAACAAACUGCAUUCACGGUCAAAGCAGAUGCAGAGGUAUAAACAGAGACUACAUUCUACUCAAGCGCCUUCCUUGCAGAAAAGGUGACACUUUAAACCUAUUAAGCUGGUGUAUAUUUGUCCAGGACUUAUUACUUGGGCAGAUUCUCUGGGGCUUCAAACUCACAUGCUGUUAUUUCUGCACCAGUCUUUUAGUGUCACAUAGUAGAUUAAUAAUGCAUCUGUAAGACCUGUGGAUCUUCUCAUCUUCACUUGUAAUUCAACCACUACCAGAAGGGUUCAUGUGUCUUAAAUGAUUUGGUGCGUCUUCAUGCAACAUUGAGAAGAAAACUGGCCCACUAUAUAAGAAUGCUGAUUCCUUCCGUUCCUGAGGCGAUGUUUGCCAGCAAUGAAAAGUGCCAGACUGAGUGAAGGAAAAGAAAGAUACGGCGGAGGAAAAGAACGUUUUGGCACUGGGAGAUAGUGCAAUGUGUGAGAAUCAGGUGGAAUUUUUCUACAUUAUGUCUGUUGAGGCUCUGUAGGGCUUAUUUAACAUUCCUGUAAAGGCUGAGCUAACAUGAAAAGCAAUCUCUGGAACAGCAGAUUUAUAGAGGAGGGGAGAAAUAGUUAUACCCCCAUCAUAAAAGUAUAUUUAUUAAAGUAAAGUUGAGGAAAUGUGAUUUUUAUGCCACACAAACUUCACCUUUUAUGUUUUGAAAAAUAAACUAACAUUAGAUCUGUUGGGGGUUUUAGUAAAGAUGCAGUAGAAAUAAAACCUUUGUUCUGAUUAUUCUGUAGCUCUAAGGGCCAUCUUCUGCUCUUAUAGCACCUGGCAUACAUUUUGCAUGUAACUUCAGUGAAGAAGGGGCAUCAUAUUUAUGUUCAAUUGGUGUAUUUGAACGUAUGUCAAGAUCAUAGUUGCAGAAGGAAGGGAGUACAUGUUUCAAAGAGCACAGGCAUCGUACUAGGAGAUGAGGAAAUUGCACUAAGAAACAAUUCUCACACAAUUCCCCACUAAAAUCUGAAACUUUUUAGGGUGCAAAAGACUGUGUCCUACCUAAUUGAAAGAUUCCUUUACAUUUGAGUGUGUAAGGUUCAUGGAAAAAAAAAUAUGUUAGAAUUAGUUGGUUCCUUACAGAUAAAAAGAUUUCAUUAGUCAUAUGCAAACAUUUGGGAAUUCCUGAACGCAUCUUAGUGUAUAUAUGAAAAUAAAAAGGAGAUAAAAUUACAAUAUUUUUUUAAAUAAUUUUUUUAUUUUUUGCAUAGUGUAAAAUUUUAAUAGAAAUUUGACAUCAAGGCCCCACAUCCAUCUGUUUAGUUCCAUCAAAUAAUUUAUGUCCAAUUAAGAAUAAAAUAACAAUUAAUACUUUUAGGCCACAGCAUACCUCAGUUUUUCUUUUCUUUUUCAUAGUCCCCUACUGUUUGUGAGCACUACUAUCUGAGUGAAUAGCAAAUAAUUUUGCAGAGUCCAUAUUUCUUCAGAACGCUUAACACGGGAUACGAUACAACUAUUGAUUAAGGAUCCUUACAGCAAUUUGUGUUUAAAUGGGAACAAAUCCUUCUAUGUGAGAGAGGAACACAGACCUUCUAUUAAAGUGUUCUAAGAGAAGAUAGAAGGCUCUCAAAGGACCUAGUUAAUUUGACUGAAGCAUCUAUCUAGAUCAUUUUUCUUAUGGACUCUAGUCAUGCAACGUAGCCUUUUAUCAUACUACUUAACGAAGAUCGUAUUGUACUGUUAACAUUUUCAUACAGUAUGCAUGGGCUCAAGUGCACUUGGUUUUUUUUUUCCUUUAUUGUAGAAUUAAAUACUGUAAGUUAAAUCCCUUUCUUUUAUAAUUACCAAGAAGACAAGUUGGAAAAUAUGUAACAACCCUUCCCCCUUCUUCUCUGCAGAUUUUGUAGAAGUGUGAUUAAGUACUGUUGAAUUUAACAAAAUUGUUGAGUUCCUGUGUGGAGUAGUCAGCAUAGCCAGCUACUAUUGUUUACAUGCCUGUAUCUUCCUCUCAUGUCAGUGUACGCUCUCGCAUACCUGACAUCUAGCUGAUGAAAGAUCAUUCAGCAAUUGUUCUUGGUGAUAUAGCAGUUACAUCAUUGAUACUACCAAACCUAAUUUAUGUCGUCUUAAAUCACUGAAUUUGUUUUGCAGUAUGAAAAUGGGAAGUUUAAAUGCUGUUUUGUCAAAUCUGUGGAACCUCUUAUCUAUCUGCAGGUACCAUGAAAAAAUUCAAGAGAAUAUUGAUUGUGUGCAAAUUGGGAUUUUCUUAAUUAUCUGGUACAUUUCUGUAAAAAUAAAAAUAAUAUCUCUAGGAAUGUGAAUUGAACAUAAUACACCAUGUUCAUUAGUCAUUUUACUUAAUGGAAUUUAUUACAUAUAUAUAUAUCUAUAUAUAUAUAUACUUAUACACACACUUAUAUAUGAGUGUGCAUAUGUGUAUAUAUAUACUAAAGUUUUGUCUUCUGUAUUUAGUUACAGAAUGUGGCUUCCUAAUUCAGUUGUGCCUGUUGACUGGCAAGAUUGAUCAGAAAUUAAUACUUUUGGUUUAAAAGUUUGUACCUAUCUUUACAAUGGUUUUCCUUUUGUCAAUUCAAAAUACCUGCCCUGUCAACCAUGCAGCCUGUUAUCCUAUGAAGUCUCCAAAACUGAAUGUUAACAUACAGCACUUAAGUAUAUCUUCUGGCCUUUGGGUGCUGUGACUGGCCACUGAAGAUUGUGCCGUUGUCAACAAAUGCACUUGUUUUAGCCUUAAUUAUUUUUAAGAGAAAAUGAGCAAUUGAGUUUUUCAUUUGGUUCAUCCUCAAGCUUGUGCUGCUGGUGUUUGUUAGAACUAAACAGUAAAUUUUAAGUGCUACCAGAAUGUGUACCAAAAUAAAAAAUAUAUGAAAUCCACAAUCUAAAUUUUAAUUUUGUGCAAUAUUUUCAUUUAAUGCAUGUGUAUUUGAGUAACUGUAAAAUAAAUGAAUUUUUAACGUUUUAAAGUCUAGGUUAAAAACAUCUUCUCAGCUGAACAAUUUUGCAUUCUGUUGUUGCAUUAGUUUAUUUAAGGACUUGUUUUAAAAGUCUUAUUUGUUACUCCACUGUUAAUUCCCUUGUUCUUAAUGGUCCUUGCUCGUGGGAGCAUAGCUCAUAUGUUACAAGGGGAAAAUCUAAAGAGCUCAUCUCAUGAAUAUAGCCGUUAUGGAUUACUUGUGCAUAUCAUUGUACAGUAAGUGUCAGCUGUGUGCCUAAUUGUUCUGUUGAUGCUUUUUCCCUUCCUUCCCCAUCCUUUUGUUUCCGUAACAAAGAAUGAACGUGAAACAGACUGCCAGGGUCACUUCUACUGGAUGGCAGAGGACUCUGAAUUAUUUUUCUUUUUUUUUUUUGGAGUUUGCAUUUAUGUUCUGUCCAAUAGAAACGUUAAAAAAAAAUACACUAAUAAAGUAUUAACAGGAUUAUUAUGAGUCUCUAACAUUUAUUUUUAAAAUAACUUUCUCACUAGCAGGUAUGAAUGUUUCUGUGGUCUGAAAAAAAAAAAAAAAAUUGCUGAGGAUGACUGUUGGUUGGUGUUAAGUGAAUCUUUAAAAACAGAAAAAAAUCACUCCGUGAUUUUUAAAUGCUUUGUGAACUAGUUUUGCUUUUAACAAAUGACAUCUCUACAGUGAUUUUCAAUCAGUGUUUUCAUUGUUCUAAACUCUAAAAAGAUAUAUGCAGAAAUGAUAUAAUUAUAUGCUGUAUGACUCUUUUUAUUGUUUUGUUUUUUUUUUAACUUUUUUCCCGAGUUCAUUUUGCAGCAGCUGGAUCUACCAUGGGAGCACAAUUGUUACCCUUCAUGUAUUUAUUCCAGCUGUUUCACAUCCAUCAAAAAGAUGUCCUGAGUUACAGAGAUGUUAGUUCUUUGACCCAGGCGUAACGUGUUUACUGUUCUCACCAACUUGCACGCUUCUACUACAGGAUAUAGACACAUCAGGAAUUUCAUUACUGACUCCAAAGACUUGAAGCUGUUAUCCUAGAAUAAUUUUAUGUCAGGAAAUUCUCUCUGUUAUAAGAAUUGAUUAAAGAGAAAUUAUAAGUGUUUGUCUUCUGUUAAAUGAUGUUUGUAUGUGCCUGUGACUUACUUAACUGUCUAUUUAACAGUCGACUGCAUUAUCUGAUUUAAACUUUUUGAUGUUCAGUGAAUGUAUGAGGGUUACUGAUGUUGUUCUGGUGUUCAGUAAUCAGCAUCAUUCUACAUGUGAUUUAUUUAACUAUACGUUUCAUGUUCCAUCUGUUGGAUGAAAUAAGUUUGUUUUAGUAAAGGAUUUUAAAAGAAAGUUUUCUUUUCAUGAACAACUUGAAACAUCUGUGCCUAUGCACUUCCCCUACUACUCGUACUGUGGAUCUCAA